ACAUUCAAUUGCGUACCAAGCUUUCUCUUUCUGUAUUCCCUUUCUGAUGUAGUACUUCCGCCUCGCUGCAAGAAGCCAGAACGUUGCACGUUAUUCGCCGUCGACGGUGCUGAAGUUUCUGCAGUGAUUUGUUCGGUUUAAAUUCACUGACGACAAAAUCUCCCUCAGGUUUGAUCUCCGCCGCGCCUGAGGUGCGUUUCCCCGCGUCCCCACCCUAAACCCCGGAGAAAUGUCAGCUUUCCCCUGAUGGAGGGACAUCUCGCUUCUUUCUCCGAUGCCGAUACUCCGCACGUGGAAUUUUUCAUGUUCUGUUAAAUUACAAAGCGACGGCGGCAAGAUAAACUUGCUCUCCCGGCCUGCGAGGAGACGGGCGAGAAGAUGUCUUCUGGUCGCUCGCCGAGUUGUGAGGAACCGUGUCCCUCAACUCGGGAUGGCUCUCCUCCAGCAGAAACCUUUCGUACAGUUUCCCUCACCUCCAGCCAGUUCAGACAAGAAAUACUUCCAACCUUGCAGCAGGGAUACUUGGACUCCUCGUCAAGGAAUUAUUUUCACUACAACCAAGUGACGUUAGUGAGUAACGCAAAACUUCUAGAUCAGUACAAUGCUUGUCGGUCGGAUCUAGAGGCGAAAGGUUACAACCAAGAGGAACUUGCUGAAUCCUUUGCUUUCUUACUGUUCGAAACAGAAGAUCAGGCAAAAACCGUCUGUGAAGAAGGAUUGAAGGUUGGGAGCAGUAACAUUACAACUCUAGGAGAUCCACUGAAGGGAGUUUAUCUCUGUAAAUAUUCAGACUUCCUUCAUCCCAAGCCAUGGUACCAUGGAAAGUGUGGCUUUAUUGCAAUUUUUAAAAUAAUUAAGGGUAGAGUGAAGUCUAUGAUUGAAAAUUACACAGCGGAUUUGACUGAGCCAUCUGCUGGUUACAACUGCCACGUUUCCAUAAACAGUGAUACGGUUUCUUCCAUAACAAGUCAUUUUCAAGCUUUUGAGCUGACACAGUAUUAUGUGUAUGAGUUUGGACAGUGUGGUGUUCUCCAGCGCCCUCGACAGAUUUACCCUUUCUCAAUUGUAGCAUUUCAAUACUCUGACGACAAAUGUGUGAUGGUAGAGUCAGUGAAGACUGAGCUUUUCAUUCCUGAAAUUCAAGUGGAGUACUAUCCUUGGAAAGGACAACUUACCAACAGAGGCAAAGUGAUCAGUGUAGCUCUGAAAUCAAAUGGCAGUCCAUUGUUGCCAGUCGUUUUACCAACAAAGCUUGAAAUUGAGUACAUGAUGAGUAUUGGCGAUCUACAAAGCAAACUACCUCAGGGUGUUUUUGAAAAAGAAAAUUACAAAUUUAAAGAAGUUUGCUUGGAAGGUUUAUAUUGCAGUUGGUAUGAACUGGUGGCAGACUUAGAGAGAGGAGAAGCUACUUGGCUGGAUCCUUUGAUAAAUAAUUUGGAGGAAAAGAGGCUGGCAGUUGUAAAGCACUUAAAUGAUCAGGGGCUACUCAUAUUGUUCAGCGAUUCUGUUUCCAGUCCUACCAAUGGAAGCAGCCAGACUGCUCACGAUACAGUGCAGGCUGUGUUCAUUUUCAAAACACCCAGAAUUUCUCACCUCAAAGAAACAAAUCGGGUGAUACGCACACUUUCCCAGAAUAGGAUAACUCAGGUGCUUCCUGGUUAUACUUACGCUGUGACCACAGGUCUGACAUCCACAGACACACCGGCAACUCCAUGGAACAAAGUGGUUGAGGAUCAACUUGUGGAAUAUUUCAAAAUGACUCCAAAGCAGUCCACACAAACAAGUGUCGCUGUAGGCAAUCAUUCCCUAAUUUCUGUGGGGGCACGGCCAAACAAAGGACAGCCGCCAAUUCCUGGACACUCCCAGCAAACCAGACUUUCCCAACUCAUCCCUUACUUUGCUGACCCUGCAAGCUACUCACUUCCUGUGUCGAGGGUCUUGAAACUUAAGAGGAAUGCCCUCAAGCUUUGCCACAACUCUGGUGGCAGGCCCAAGGUCUUGUGCCAUUCUGGUAUCUCAGAACCGCAGCCCCCUAAUGCUGGGAUCCGACGGGUGAAGAGGGCAUCAAGAGUCAAAAAAGUUCAAGGAAAAGAUGCCCUGCCGGUGAGCUUGCCAGUGCCAAGUGUGCCUUCUCAGCCUGGGAUAAGAGUAAAGUCCAUGCUGCAGAGCCAAGCAAGUGGUGAACCAGGCAAGACAGUGGGAAGAGUUAACUCGAUCAGCAAACCAAAUGCGGUGAGCAAAGUCUCAAACAGAGCAAAAAGGAAGCCAGCUAAAGCUCUGCAUACCAGUGCAUUGAAUAAACCGGACACUAUCCUCGCAAGCCCCGAUCGAGCUGUCAGCAGCAAAACAGCUGGCACCACCUCGGCGAGUUUGGGAUAUUCCACAAGAUCUACUUUAAAUAGUAAAAGGACCCUAUUGCAGUCAGCCAAAGGUUUCCCUACAGAAACACCCGCCCCACUCGAGGUGAACACAGAGAAACUGAAAGCUGCCACUGUGCUCUCUCAAACCUGUGCAGCAGGAAGAGCAGACAGCAGCUGCAUGGACACUGAGAUGACUGUGUUGGAUAAGGUGCCGAGCCAAUGCACUGAUACUGUUUGUGUUACAGGAGUAAAUACGCAGCAGGUUUCGCGGUAUGGCGUCUGCACCUGGAACAUUGUAGGAAACGUCUCUGAUAAUGAGCCUGCCUCCCUGCAGUCUCUAUCCUUGUGUGAUGGUUUAUGUUUGUUACAAGAGAAGAAAAUUCCAGAGUUGGAAAGGCAGGCAUCACAGGAAGGUGUCGACAACAAACUGGGGCAAACAGACGCACUAAAUAUUCUCGCUGACCUCGCAAUUAAUUCUGCUAUCGCGACAGUACCGACCUCUCAGCAGCACAGCACUUUGACGAUGCAUCAGGCGUCUGUUACUUGUGCCGCCAAUGGGAACACAUCUGUUGGGAGCAGUGAGCAAUUAAAUCAUUGCUCUAAUUUGCUUGACAAACUCAGUGAUUGUUUACCGAAUACAGAAUUAAAGGUACAGAGCAUCAUGUCGAUGGCAGCAGAAAACCACCAAGAAGGUGGUAGAGAAGCCUCUGAAAAUUGGCUGCCCCUGCCUUCUGCAUCAUCAAGUUCAGAGGGUCUUCCUACCGCAGCCCCAGCUUUCGCUGAGCUUGAAACCACCAGGAUGCCUAAACCUCAGUCUCGUGUUGCUAGAGAUACUGCCUACCGAUCCUCAGCCACUCCCCGCACGUCUCACCCCUUGGGAGACCAUUCGUAUUCUCGGCCACCGAGGCAUAGCGAGCCCGUGUGUUCAGCUGUUGCUAACUCUGUGCCAACCGAGAGCGAGCCUGGGAUGUGUCAGUACAUGUCGCAGCAUGGAAAGAAUGAGAGGAGAGACUCGGCUGUGUUGGAUUUGCAAAACGCAAGCCGUAUCUCACAGUCACAGACUGAUUUUGGCUCCAAAGAUGAGGAAAGAACAUUAGUCGGAAGAGUGCUACCUUUCAGACGUGAAGACCCAUGUGAGACGAAUGAUACAAACACGGUGUCAGCUCCAGAAGAGCUGAAGAAUAAUGGUGCAUUGGGAAGAUAUAGCCAGGUUGCUGAUUUUACUGUUGCUGAUUCAUCGCAGUGCAGGUUUUAUGAAGAGUUCCAAUGCUCUCGCUGCAUAUAUGAGGAAAAGGACACUAUGAAGGUGACAUUUGAAUGGAAAGGACCAUACUUGUACCAGUGGGACAGCAAAUAUACAAACGAUUCACUGGAGAAAUCUGUGAAUCGGGCUUUACAUGGGCCUUGGGAUCCGACUAUCCAAGAGACCAUGAAGGAAGUGAAGCUUAUUCUUCACAUGUGGAUCGGGCUGUUUUAUACCAAGUCUAGUGAGAUGCUGCAGACCUCGAUAAGGCAGGUACAGGAACACUAUGGGACUCCAAAACCUGCUGCAGAAGAUUUGCAUACAGAACCAGCUGCAGUGGGACAGCCAUCUUUCAAUGGAAGUGGUUCUGAGUUGGCAGCUUCAGAAAAACAGCAGUCAGCAGAAAUAGUCAUCUCGUCCGUGAUUAAGAGGAUUGAGAAGAAAUCAAAUCUCGUCACUUCUUGUGCUGGCCGUGCACCAUUUUAUAGCGAAACAGCCCCUUGUGUCACUUCUCAACCAGAUGCAGACCAUCCCCUGGGUGGUGAAAGUGAAAUCAAUAAUGAUAACACACAGGACUCAGAAUCCCUAGGUUCCAGUGGUGGUCUUGCACAGUGUGCGCACAUCUCUUCUGGAAAGGAGCGUGAACAGGAACCCAAAAAUAACAUACAUGCUGCAGGACUGGAACAGGAGAACCAGGAACCCAGUUUGUCUCCGAGAAUAACAGAUGACAGAAAUAUGACUGACUUAAUGCAAUGCAACGAUGUCCAGGAUAUGGCUCCUGGAUAUUUAGCAGAAAGAAGCCUGGUGGAUUCAAGUCAAACAGCCAACAGAGAGAAUGGUUCUGUUAUAAAACAGACGGAUAAUAUUCAGCAACAUACACUGGAUGAUUCUGAAGCGACGGAGAGUGAGAGUCCUUUGUCACAGCCAUCAACAUGCACAGCUUCUGUUGUGGAGAAGCCAAAAAGUGUGGAUAAUGAUGACAAUCCUGAACUGGAAGCAAGAGAAGUGGAAAUCAUGCGACAGUCUUCAGUUAUUAAGGAGAUGAUUGGUAUUCGGUUGCCAGCCAAGGACCCAGCUCAGAGUACAGCGAGCAUGAACUUGAAGAAUGCAACUGCUUCACCGAGUUGUGAAGAAGUGAAUAAUCACAGUGAAAACAGACUUCAGACUGAACAGUUUGAUAAUCUUGCUGCCUCAGAAAAUGCAACAAGCACAGAAGACUUGGGAACCAUCAAAGACACACUUGCAAUUGAAAGAAGCGUGCCACAGGAUACAUUCAAUGGAGUGGACCGUACUGAUGCUGCUCCACAAAGCUCUCCUUUGACAAUUGAUUUACCAAGUCACACUAGCACACUAAACUCUUCAGAAUCUUGUAACAUCAUCAUACCCAACUAUAAUCAGUCUCUGGAUUCCAGUAAAACAUUGCACAAUACAGCUGGGGCAUUGGUGAGAGAAAGAGCUUGCUGUUCUGUUGAAAGUUGUGCUACUGAUCAAUUACUCCGAAAUGUUAUAGAUACGCAGAGGAGGAGAAUAAGCGUUAGAAGGUUGGUGGGCGAGAGGGAGAUUACAAGCAAUUCCGAUUCCAAAUGUCUAAGCGAUGUGAAAUCCUUAUCCCCAAGUGAUGAAUCUAGAAGGCAAUUGAAACCUCAAGCUAUCUUUAGUCAAAACUGUGCAUGCACCCUGAAAGCUCAGGAAAAGCAGGAGUUUGAUGGGUCCAAGGACUUUAUUGCUACCUCUGAAAGAUCUGAUUGUGGCCUUACAGAAUCUCCUUUUACUGUCAGAGACUUUUCAGAAAGUUUGGAUAUUAAAAUAAAAACAGCCACUAGAGAUUUUUCUGGAAGCAAAAAGGUGCCCAGGAUAAGUUGUAAUGCCAAUGGCCAGAAGAUCGAAAGGAAAAGGAACAUGCACAGAGAGGAAUCUGAAGACAGAGAUUCAGAAGGUGGGGAUUUCAGAGUGAAACAAAACAGCCAAAGUGGGCCCUGGCACAUGUGGAAGGUUGAUAUGAAUCAUUCAGCACACAUUUUGGAAGAGGAGAUGAGUGAUAGUGGUGCCCCUGUGCCUCGGACAAUUAAAAUCCCGGAUCUUUUUGGAAGACCGAAAGUCUACCAAAACUUUACUGUCACUGCGGAGAUGCGGCAGAAAUCUGGCGAGGCAGCAAGAUGCAGAAGAAUCACCAGAAUAUUCUGUAAUUGGCACAAGGAGAGCUCUGCUGUUCAACAUUCUGGAGAGUGCAACUGGAAUGCAAAUUACUGCAGAAACACAAGCCCUGUCGAAAAAAUUCUAAACUUGGAGUAUAUGAAUUUUUCUCGGGAUCUCAAAAAUGUAGUGAACAGAGCAAAUGCUGGACUAUUCACAAGUCCCACCUCAUAUUCCAGGGAUGGAAAUAAAACAGCCUUGAGGAGGAGAAAUAUCCAAAUGGUUUCCAGUGAGAGACUAACUGGGAGGGGGAACCCACUGACUGUGACAAUAUCGUGCCAAAAAGUUGAGCACAGCAAUGGAAGGCGGUUGCACAAUAAAACCUGGCCACUUCAUCGGACAAAUGGCGAGGAUGAGCCUUGGGAACUGGAAACUGUAACAUUCUCUAAACCAAAAUGUUACACAAAUUCCAUAAACAGUCGCAAGAGGCCAUGUGGUCAAUCUUAUGCUAUGACUAACAAUUCAGCAGAACCUGCAGAAAGGAUGCCAAGGAAAUCAUGUUGCAUCAGGGAGAAAGGAUCUCCUCUUCAUGAUGAGCUGCUAAAUGCAAAACGGAAGAAAUAUAAAGACCUUCAGGAUGAUGGGAGGAAAAGAACUGAUCCAUUUUUGUGCUUAAUAACCGAGUUUUGCAGUAACUUACACCAAAAUUUGAGCGAAGUUGUAAAAGAAUCCUGGAAAGGCACUUACAGCUUUUAUGUCUUUGAAACAAAUUCUGACCCAUUUUUUAAGGAAAUUAAGGAAUUUCUAAAGAACGAAGGACAUGUGGAGAUUGGUCUGCUGGAUCUCUCAGUGACACAGCCACCUCAUUGCGGCAAAGUGCUUGUUAUUAUUAGAAAUGAAGACAUAGCAGGACACCUGCACCAGAUUCCGCAUUUAUUGGCUCUGAAACAGAUGCCAUGUGUUCAGUUUGCUGGUGUGGAUAGUGCGGAAGAUAUAAAAGACCAAACAUUUCAAGAGUUAUUUAGCUCUGGAGGUUUUGUUGUUUCUGACGGGACAGUGUUGAACAAUGUAACUCCAGAAUGCUUGCAACAGAUUUCGUCUGUCCUGGAACAGCUGAACGUUGAGCAUAACUGGAAGUGGAUGAUUCAUUUCAAAGAACUCAAAAAACUGAAGGAGACAGCAAGAGAAGACAACACUGCAAAGAGAAAAGUUUCUCUGCUGAUGCACAAGAUUGCAGCAAACCUUGUGGAAGUUCUCCCUUUCCACGCGUGUGAUUCCAGGUCCAGGGAGAAGCCUGACUACCUCAGUUGUCUCAUGAAGCUGCAGGUUCAGAAAAUAAGUUCCAGGUUUGCAGUGUUUCUUACAGGGAAACUUGAGAACCAAGAUCUUUUCGCACUAAGUGGAAUCCUUGUUACAGAUGUAAACAGUUUUACUAAAGGUUUGAGAAUGCUAACAACCGCUACACAGGACGCUUUGGACACAGAAAAUGCUCAUAUGACAGAAGGAGGACACUACUCGGAGAUCCAGUUGGAGCCACCCUAUGGGAAGAAUAAAGUCAAUCAGAAUUUGCAAAUGCCAUCCAGCUUGUUCUGAUUAUGAUCCGUACAUCAAACGUGCGAUCGGAG